AUGCUGCCAACAUCACGAGCACCACGGAACGGGCAAGGGGCGCAGUUCACCAGUGCUGGGAAUGGCUUUCCCCGGAUAGGGAACGGCGGGAUGAAGACGUGGUUGCGGAAACUUAGUCGAUGGCCUCAACUUGACUUCGAGCUGGCGGUGUGGCAGAUGUGCUAUCUCUGCAUAGCGCCAAGACGAGUAUACCGAAACGUUUACUACCACAAGCAAACGAAGAACACCUGGGCGCGAGACGAUCCGGCGAUGCUGCUGCUCAUAACGCUGUGUCUUUUCGUCUCCGCCAUCCUUUGGUCUGUGCUGUACGCGCACUACGGCAUCGUCGACACCGUCAAGACCGUCUUCUCCUUCAUCUUCCUUCACUUCUUCGGCCUCGGCCUUCUCAUCUCGACCUCGCUUUGGGCGCUGUCAAAUCGCUUCCUCACCCAUGCGACCCAUGUCCACGCGACAGACCAGAAGGUCGAGUGGCUCUACGCGUUCGACAUCCACGCCAACUCGUUCUUCCCCCUCUUCCUCCAGCUCUACGUCGCGCAGUUGCUGCUCGCGCCCGUCGUGACACGGUCGAACUGGGUCUGCCUGUGGGUCGGCAACACGCUGUACCUCGCGGCGUUCACGCAGUACGCCUACGUGACCUACCUCGGCUACAACGCCCUGCCGUUCCUGAUCCGCUCCGAACUCCUCCUCUUCCCCGUCGCCAUCUUUGCGGCGUUCUACAUCGUCUCGCUCCUCGGCUUCAACGUCUCGUACUUUGUGCUGAAGCACUUCUGA